AUGUGGUCCCACGUUGUCUCACCUGGACAGGUGUCUGUCAGGAAGCCAAGCUCUGGCACCAAGUGGCCCAAGGCCUCAUGGCGAGGCCGACCGUGGCUCAGCCCAGGACUGCUGCUCCAUUCUUCAGCCGAGCCAACCUGGACCACCGCAAAAAGGCUCUCUAGUUCUUCCCAAGGCGGCCGAGGGAGCAAAGCAAGCAACAGCUGUGGUAGAGAAGGAGAAGGAAGAGAAGGAGGAGAAGGAGGCGGCAACGGAGCAUUAACCCUCUGGGCCCGGCUGGUCAGAGAAAGCGAGGAGGGAGGGAGGGGAGGAGGAGGAGGAGAAGGAGGGAACAAAACAGGGCAGGAAGGAGGGGAAAAGAGGGGGACCCUUUGGAGGGAGAGAGAGAGGGAAGGAGGAGAAGCGCGAGAGGAAGGAGAGAAAGAGGGAAAGAGAAGAGGAGGCGAGGGGAAGGAGGGAAGACAAGAAAGGCAGAGGGAAGGAGUGAAGGAGAGAGAGAGCGGAGGGAGGAGAGGAGAAGAAAGGGAGCAAAGUGUGAGCAGAGAGAGGAAGGGGAGAAAAGUCGGAAGAAGGGAGCGAGAGAGGGAGACGGAGGAGAGGAAGGAAGGAGGGAAGGAAGAGAGAGAGAGAGCAGGAAGGGAGACCCUUGAGGACCUCUUUCCUUCCUUCCUUCCUUCCUUCCUUCCUUCCUUCCUUCCUUCCUUCCUUCCUUCCUUCCUUCCUUCCUUCCAUCCCCUUUUCCUUCCUUCCUUCCUUCCUUCCUUCCUUCCUUCCUUCCUUCCUUCCUUCCUUCCUUCCUUCCAUCCAUCCCCUUUUCCUUCCUUCCUUCCUUCCUUCCUUCCUUCCUUCCUUCUUUUCCCUUUUUCUUCCUUCCUUCCUUCCCACGUUCCUUCCUUCCUUCCAUCCAUCCAUCCAUCCAUCCCCUUUUCCUUCCUUUCUUCCUUCCUUCCCACGUUCUUUCCUUCCUUCCUUCUCUCCUUCCUUCCUUCCUUCUUUCUUUCUUUCCUUCCUUCCUUCCUUUCUUCCUUCCAUUCUCUUUUCCUUCCUUCCUUCCUUCUUUCCCACGUUCUCUCUUUCUUUCCUUCCUUCUUUUCCUCUUUCUUUCUUUCCCCCCCUCUCUCUCCUUCCUUCCUUCCUUCCUUCCUUCCUUCCUUCCUUCUGUCUUUCUUUCCUUCCUUCCUUCCUUCCUUUCCCUCUCCCGCCCUGAGGCCUCCGUGGGGAUGUGGGGGGUCUUGGGGGGUCUCGGGCCCCCCCCCCCUCCUCCUCCUCCUCCUCUUCGUCCCGACGCCGCCCGCCCACCCGGACCCUCCGCUCCUGCACUACUACGCCGACAACGUCCUUGACCUCCUGGAGGCGCUGAACAUCACCCGCUCGGUGCUGGGGGUCACCAAGGCCAAGGGCCCUGAUCCGGGGGUGCCGGCCUGGAAGUUCCGCCCCCGGGUCCCCCACCUGACGUUGCCCUGGGAUUACUCGGUCUACCUGCUCUCCACAGUGCAAGGGGCCCUGGGCUUCCACUUCGUGGCCCGACAGAGCCGGGGCUCUGAGGGGACCCUCAUCUCCCUGGUCUCGCCAGCCGCUCUCAAGAGGGAUGGGCACCCGCUUCUGCAGCUGGUCUCCAACACCCGUGCCGACCACCUGCGGUUGGACUACCGCGCUGUCCACAACAUGGAGCCCGCCCGGCUGGUCUUCCCUACCGGCAACCCCUUUGCCCACAGCCGCUGGGUCCGGCUGGCCCUCAACCUGGAGCCGUUGCGCAUCACACUCUUUGUGGAUUGCCAGGAGCCCUUCAUCUUUGGGAAAAGCGGCGGGGAGGAGGUGCUGAGCCUCAUCCUGCCCCUGGAUCUCCAGAUCACCUUCGCCAGUGUCUUGGGGGACAAGACCAGCAAGUUCCUGGGCUACUGGCAGACGGCAGAGAUUUCGCCCAGCGGCUUCCCACAUCGUCCCUGGCACUGUGACAACCUCCCAGAGCCAGACCCGCUUCCUCUGCCUUACGCCAUCCCUGCGGAGCGGUACGCAGACUCGCCUGGAGAGCAUCUCCUGGAGCUGGACUCUCCUCCUCUGCACUUUGAGCCGCUGGCCCUGACCGACAUCCGCCACUACCAGCGCGAAGCCAGCGAGUCGGACUUCCCUCCCUUUGGGUCAGCCCUGCGGACCGAUCCGGCCGGCCCGGAAGAGCGGAUCCGGAGGUUGGAGGAGCUGGUGGAUGGGCUGGGCACCAUGCUGGACAUGGUCAAGGAGCAGAAUUCAGACUUACUGGUCCGCGUGAAGUCCCUGGAAGAGUGCGAGUGCCGGCCCUUGUCAUGCGUGUGGGAAGGACGGCGCUACGAAGACGGGGCUUCCUGGGAGAAGGAUGCGUGUGCCACUUGCACCUGCAUCCGGGGCAGGACGGAGUGCUCCUUGCGCCACGACCGGCCACACUGCUUGGGUUGCGUGGACGGGAGAAAGGAAGGGGAGAGCUGGAAGAUGGAGGCAUGCCAGACUUGCUGGUGUAAGGCUGGGACGGUGCAAUGCCAGGCCACCAAAUGUCCUGAACUUUCAUGUCGGGAGCGCUACACGCCACCAGGAGAAUGCUGCCCCGUUUGCCGUCCAGGUUGCGAGUACGAAGGACAGAGGUACCAAGAAGGGGACAUCUUUGUGGCCAAGUCGAACCCGUGCAUGAAUUGCUCCUGCCUGAGGAGCCUGGUCCGAUGCCACCCCAUCCAGUGCCCCCCGAUCCGAUGCUCCAAGGCCGUCCCACAACCAGGACACUGCUGUCCUGUCUGUCCAGUUUCUCCAGUCUGUGAGCUGGAUGGGCGAUCCUUAGAGCCUGGGCUGGAGGUCACUUCUGCUGACGGAUGCCAACGCUGUUCCUGCUUUAUUGGUGAGCACCCUUUGGGUUCGUUUAGCCAAUUACAGAUCCACCUAACCGUAGUUUUGUCUAGCCCACAUUUUACUAGUUUGUUUGCCAGAAGGUCGUGGGGGACUUUGUCGAAGGCCUUACUGAAAUCCAGGUACGCUACAUCCACAGCAUUCCCUGUAUCGACCCAACUCGUAACUCUAAUGACUGAUUCUCUCCUUCAGGAAGGGGAGCUGUUGUGCGUCCCAGCCCAGACGUGUGCCAAGACCUGCAGCCAUGGCCUCCCGCCCACUGGGGCUUCUUGCUGCCUGGACUGCUCCCGCUGCCUCUUCCGUGGGCAGGUCGUCCCCAGCGGAGGAGAAGUCCCUGGAAACAGCCUUUGCCAACGCUGCCUCUGCAAGGAAGGGAACGUUCUCUGCUCUCCAGUUUCUUGCCCAAAGCUGGACUGCGCCGUCACAGAGGAAGUGCCCGGACAAUGUUGCCGCCGAUGCCAGGGGUGUAUGGAUGGGGCUUCUCGGUAUGAACACAAUGAGGAGUGGACCCCUGCCACGGAUCCGUGCCUUAAGUGCAGGUGCCAGGAAGGCAAUUCCGUCUGCAAAAGGAGGCACUGUGCCAUCCUGUGCCGCUCUCCGGCCCGCCCUCGGCCAGGCACCUGCUGCCCUGUUUGUGACGGUUGCCUGUGGGAAGAGCGGGAGUACCGCCGUGGGGAGACGGUGCCCAGCGAGGACCCCUGCCAGAGGUGCACCUGUUUGGCAGGAGAAGUCACGUGUGAAAACCUGUUUGCAGACUGCCCGCCCUUGUCCUGCUCCCACCCGGCCAGACGCCCAGGCCAGUGCUGCCCCACCUGCGAAGUGUGUGAUUUUGAAGGCCGCCUGUAUCCCAGUGGAGAGACCUUCACUCCUGCGGGAGAGAGCCCCUGCCUGCACUGCACGUGCACAGAAGGGAGUGUCCGGUGCCAGGAAGAGGCCUGUCCUCCGCUGCUGUGCUCCCAUCCGCUCCAAGAGCCAGGCCACUGCUGCCCUUCCUGCAAAGUCUGCAUUCUGGACAGCAUUGAGUUCGAAGACGGCACCGAAUGGGAACCCGAAGGAGAGCCUUGCAGGACCUGUGUCUGCCACCAGGGGGAGCCAGUCUGCAGCGCCGUCCAGUGCCCACCAGUUCCUUGCCAGCAUCCAGCCCAGUUGCAAGGCGCCUGCUGCCCAGAAUGCCAGCGAUGCUCCUACAACCAGCGGCUUUACAACAACGGGCAGGAAUUUCUCGACCCCGAUAACCUUUGCCAGAGCUGCCAGUGUGCGGACGGGACGGUGAGCUGCAGCCCCAUCGUUUGCCCUCCGGCCACUUGCCCCCGACCACAGAAGAAGCCUGGAUCCUGUUGUGCCAAAUGCCCAGACUGCACGUAUGAGAACCGGAUCAUAGCAGACGGAGAGGAGGUCCCCAGCCCUUUGCAUCCGUGCCAGGCUUGCAUCUGCACCGGAGGCGAAAUGCGCUGCAUGGAGCGGCAGUGCCCCGGGGCUUUGUGCGCCCACCCUUUACUGGGCUCUUGCUGCCAGAACAACUGCAAUGGUUGCAACUACGCCGGGAAGGAGUAUCCCAACGGAGCCGAAUUCCCGCACCCCACGGACAAGUGUCGGAAGUGCCAUUGCAUUAAUGGCAAUGUGCAAUGCCUCACUCGCCGGUGCCUUCCGCUGCCUUGCCCAGAGCCCUUCUCUGUGCCAGGAGAGUGCUGCCCCCGGUGUCCAGCCCCACCAGCCACCUGUGUCUACCUGGGCCUCUCCUAUCAGCACAUGGAGCGUUUCUACGAUCCGUCGGACAAAUGCCGGGACUGCAUCUGCACCAACGGGACCAUCACCUGCCAACGCCAACCCUGCGUGCCGGUCCAGUGCUCCCACCCUCUGCGGCACGAUUGCUGCCUCUCCUGCGAUGGCUGCCUUUACCAGGGCAAGGAGCUCCCCAACGGAGAGCAGUUUGCGGACCCCCAAGACCCCUGCGGCACCUGUUCCUGCUGGGAAGGGAGCGUCACCUGCAAGGCCACCCCCUGCCCGCCCCCCGAGUGCCCCUUCCCCACCUCAGGGCCCUGCUGCAAGGUCUGCGAAGGUUGUGAAUACCUUUCGGAGCCUUACCUGAACGGCCAGGAAUUCCCAGAUCCCCAAGACACCUGCGGGAUCUGCACCUGCCUCAACGGGUUUGUCACCUGCGCCAAGAAGCCCUGCUACCAAGCCGGUUGCAGCCACCCUCUCCGAGUGCCCGGCCAGUGCUGCCCUGUCUGCCAAGGUUGCUCCUACAAUGGCCUCACUGUUGCCAACGGGCAGACCUUUGCCGACCCUGGAGACCCCCUCUGUUCCCAAUGCACUUGUCGGGCUGGCUCCGUUCAGUGCCUGAGGAAGCUCUGCCCUCCCGCCCCCUGUGCCCACCCUGUGCAGGGUCCAUGCGCCUGCCCUCUCUGCCAAGGGUGCAGUUUCCAGGGGAACAAAUAUGGAGACGGAGAGGCCUUUGCUUCACCCAACAAGCCCUGCGAGGAAUGCCGUUGCCUGAGAGGGGAGGUCUCCUGUGCCCCCCGCUUUUGCUCAACACCCCUCUGCCCUCACCCCUCGAAAGACCCCUGCGGAUGCCCUGUCUGCAACGCCUGCAGCUUCCAUGGGAGAGAUUGUGACAAUGGUGAGCUCUUUCUGGACCCCCGGGACCCCUGCGGACAGUGCAAGUGUUCGGGUGGCACCGUGACCUGUGUUCCCGCUCCAUGCCCACCCAUAUCCUGCCAGAACCCCAUCACUCUGCCAGGACAAUGCUGCCCAAAAUGCACAGGUGCCUGCCGCUACCAUGGGCAGCUCUAUAAGAGUGGAGAGGCCUUCGUUUCUCCGGAGGAGGCCUGCCACACCUGUACCUGCCAGGCCGAAGUGGUGACGUGCCAGCCCAAGCCUUGCCCCCAAAAGUGCACGCAUCCCGAGGCCCCAAAGGCUCCCUCCUGCUGUCCGUCUUGCGACGGCUGCCUCUACAAGGAGCACAGCUAUGCCAAUGGGCAGACCUUCACCCCACCUUCAGACCCCUGCAAACGCUGCAGCUGCCUCCACGGCAACGUGCUCUGUGCCCCGGUGGUGUGUCCCCAGGUGCCGUGUGCCAAUCCCAGGCACGAACCUGGCCAGUGCUGCCCACAGUGCCCAGCCAUUUGCCAGCAUGCAGGUCGGGAGUAUGCAGAAGGCAAGCAGUGGGUCUCCUCCUUGGACCCUUGUCAGCGGUGCUCCUGUACGGCUGGGGAGACCUCUUGCGAAUCGGUGCCUUGCAAAGAGACGCUCUGCUCGCACCCGGUUCCCGACCCUGGCCAGUGCUGCCCUCGCUGCCACGGCUGCCUCUUCGAAGGAGAGCGCUAUGCAAACGGGGAGGCCUUUAAGCCCGAGUCCUGCCUCCAGUGCACCUGCCAGGAUGGAAACGUCCGCUGUGAGAUGAUCCAGUGCCCCCCAAUGUCCUGCUCCCACCCCGUGACGGAGCCUGGGGUCUGCUGCCCACGUUGCAAAGGCUGCACCUAUGAGGGCCGAGAACGCCCCGACGGCUCCAGCUGGCUCUCCUCGGCGGUGCCCUGCAUGGCCUGCAUGUGUGUGGACGGCGUGGCCACCUGCGCCGAGAUCGCCUGCAUCCGCUCCUGCACCAACCAGAUCAACGUUCCUGGGGAGUGUUGCCCGCUGUGUGCAGAUUGCAUUUACGAGGGCCUUGUGUAUGGACCAGGUGAGAGUUUCCAGCCAGGAAAGGAUCCCUGUGAGAUUUGCACCUGUGAGGUGAUGUCUGAUGGCGAACAGCACCUGCAAUGCUACCGGAAGCAGUGUCCCAGCCUGUUGGACUGUCCCCGGGAACAGAUUCAGGUGCCGGGACCCGGGCACUGCUGCCCCACUUGCGCCCAAGCCCUGAGCAACUGCACUCCCAGCCUGGUGGGCAACGAAGUCCUGGCUACAGACGAGCCCUGCUACAGCUGCCAAUGCAAGGAUCUGACCUGGGUUUGCAUGCACCAAAGCUGUCCGCUGCUGAGCUGCCCGGCUGCCGAGCGCUUCGUCCCUCGCGACGCCUGCUGCCCAGUUUGUGAUGAAUGUGUAAUCGAAGUUGAAGGGCGGCGCGUCUCCGAUGGCGAGACCUGGACAGACAGCACAGAUAGCUGCGUUUCCUGCUCAUGCAAAAUGGGUCAUAUCGAGUGCCACAUCCAGGAAUGCAUGCCCUUGUUGUGCCAGGAUGGGCUGGAGAAGGUUCAGAUGCCUGGGAGGUGUUGUGCUGAAUGUCAAGAUCCAGGCCUCAGCUGCUCUUACCAAGGCCAGACCCUGCAGUCCAAUGACCACUGGCAGGUGGACGAAUGUACCACCUGCACCUGCCUCUCCGGAGAGGUUCACUGCCGGACUGAACGCUGCCCGCCAACCGCCUGCGCUGCUGACGAGACGCCCACUAUGAUCCCUGGCGUAUGCUGCCCACACUGCGUCCCCCGACCCGCUACUUGCGUGGCCUUUGGCGACCCGCAUUACCGCACUUUCGAUGGCCGGAUGGUCCACUUCCAGGGCAGCUGCACCUACAUCCUGGCCCAGGACUGCGAAGGGGGAGACUUCAGCAUUCAUGUGACCAAUGAAGACCGUGGACGCCAAGGAGUCUCCUGGACCAAGGAGGUGGCCGUGAUGGUUGGUGACACCGUUGUGCGCCUACUCCAGGAUCGUGUCGUCAUGGUGGACUCUCUGACCGUGACCCUCCCCUUCCUGAAGGAGCCCCACCUGUACAUUGAGCUCAAGACCAGCACCCUCCUCCUGAACACCAACCUCGGACUGAAGGUUCUCUGGAACGGCCGCUCCCACCUGGAGGUGAGUGUACCUGGGACAUACAAAGGCCGGACCUGUGGACUCUGCGGAAACUUCAACAGCUACCCCCAGGAUGACCUGCGGCUCCGAUCCGGCCACUUGACCCUUUCAGAGGCAGCUUUUGGCAACAGCUGGAAGGUGACCCCCACCAAUGCCACGGACCCCAGCCGCAGUUGUGCCGACGGGACAGAUGUGGACCCCUGCAAGGAGUCCGGCUACCGUUCCCGCAAAGAGGCCAACACGCGGUGCAAAGUGCUCAAGGGGCCUCCCUUUGACCGCUGCCACGCAGCUGUGCCCCCGGAGCCCUUCUUCGCCUCCUGCGUCUAUGACCUCUGCGCCUGCGGAGCUGCCGGGAGCGACGACUGCCUCUGUGAAGCCUUGGAGGCCUAUGCUGCCGAGUGCCGCCACGCCGGGCUGGUGCUGCAGUGGCGCUCGCCCACGCUGUGCGCGGUGGGCUGCCCCCAGGACCGGGGCUACGUCUUUGACGAAUGUGGGCCCCGCUGCCCAAAGACCUGCUUCAACUGCGCCUUACCGCUGGGGGUCAUGGAGGCGCACUGCUUCAAGCCCUGCGUGCCCGGGUGCCAGUGCCCGGCCGGACUCGUGGAGCACGAGGCCCACUGCAUCCCGCCCGAGGCCUGUCCCCGUGUCAUCCACGGCACGCUGUGAGUGACCACGGGAUGCACCUGCACUGGAGAAUGGAUGCCGUUUCACGCCUCUUUUAUCUGCCUUGGCUCAAUGGAACCCCGGGAGCUGUAGUUUGGUGAGGCGCCAGAACUAUUUGGAAGAGAAAGCAAAAGGCGUGGUAAAGCUCAAUGCUAUGAAAUCCUGCACUUGGAAAUGUUAUGGCUCAAUGCUGUGGUAUCUUGGGAGUUAUAGUUUGACAAGGUCUUUAGCCUUCCCUGCCAAAAGCAUGCUAGGGCCUCACCAUCCUCAUCCUGGGAGUUGUAGUGUUACAAAGGCUUUAGCCACCCAAAAGCAUGCUGGAACUUCACUAUCCUCAUCCUGGGAGUUGUAGUGUUACAAAGGCUUUAGCCACCCAAAAGUAUGCUGGAACUUCACUAUCCUCAUCCUGGGAGUUGUAGUUUUACAAAGGCUUUAGCCACCCAAAAGUAUGCUGGAACUUCACCAUCCUCAUCCUGGGAGUUGUAGUUUUACAAAGGCUUUAACAUGCCAAAAGCUUACUAGGGUCUCACCAUCCUCAUCAUAGGGGUUGUAGUUUUACAAAGACUUUAGCAUGCUGGGGAGUCACCAUUCUCAUCUUGGGAGUUGUAGUGUUACAAAGGCUUUAGUCUGUCAAAAACAUGUUGGGUCUUCACCAUCAUCAUCCUGGGAGUUGUAGUUUUACAAAGGCUUUAGCCACCCAAAAGCAUGCUGGAACUUCACCAUCCUCAACCUGGGAGUGCUAGUUUUACAAAGGCUUUAGCCUGCCAAAAGCAUGCUGGGGCCUCACCAUCCUCAUCCUGGGAGUUGUAGUUUUACAAAGGCUUUAGCCACCCAAAAGCAUGCUGAGGCCUCAUCAUUGCCAUCUCGGGAGUUGUAGUUUUACAAAGGCUUUAGCAUGCUGGGGCCUCACCAUCCUUAUUGUCAGAAUUGUAGUUUUACAAAGGCGUUAGCCUGCUAAAAGUCUGCUAGGACCUCACCAUCAUCACCCUGGGAGUUGUAGUUUUACAAAGGCUUUAGCAUGCUGAGGCCUCACCAUGGUCAUCCUGGGAGUUGUAGUUCUACAAAGGGAUUAGCAUGCCAAAGGCCUACUAGAGUCUCACCAUCGUCAUCCUGGGAGUUGUAGUUUUACAAAGGUUUUAACAUGCUGGGGCCUCACCAUGGUCAUCCUGGGAGUUGUAGUUCUACAAAGAGAUUAGCAUGCCAAAGGCCUACUAGAGUCUCACCAUCAUCAUCCUGGGAGUUGUAGUUCUACAAAGGGAUUAGCAUGCCAAAGGCCAACUAGAGUCUCAUCAUCGUCAUCCUGGGAGUUGUAGUUCUACAAAGGGAUUAGCAUGCCAAAGGCCUACUAGAGUCUCACCAUCGUCAUCCUGGGAGUUGUAGUUUUACAAAGGCUUUAACAUGCUGGGGCUUCACCAUUGUCAUCCUGGGAGUUGUAGUUCUAUAAAGGGAUUAGCAUGCCAAAGGCCUACUAGAGUCUCACCAUCGUCAUCCUGGGAGUUGUAGUUUUACAAAGGCUUUAGCAUGCUGGGGCCUCACCAUCCUCAUCCUGGGAGUUGUAGUUCUACAAAGCGAUUAGCAUGUCAAAAGCCUACUAGAGUCUCACCAUCGUCACCCUGGGAGUUGUAGUGUUACAAAGGCUUUAGCCACCCAAACGCAUGCUGAGGCCUCACCAUUGCCAUCUCGGGAGUUGUAGUUUUACAAAGGCUUUAGCAUGCUGGGGCCUCACCAUCCUCAUCCUGGGCGUUGUAGUUCUACAAAGGGAUUAGCAUGUCAAAAGCCUACUAGAGUCUCACCAUCCUCAUCCUGGGAGCUGUAGUGUUACAAAGGUUUUAGCCACCCAAAAGCAUGCUGAGGCCUCACCAUUGCCAUCUCGGGAGUUGUAGUUUUACAAAGACUUUAGUAUGCUGGGGCCUCACCAUCCUUAUUGUCAGAAUUGUAGUUUUACAAAGGGAUUAGCAUGUCAAAAGCCUACUAGAGUCUCACCAUCGCCAUCCUGGGAGUUGUAGUUUUACAAAGGCUUUAGCAUGCUGGGGCCUCACCAUCGUCAUCCUGGGAGUUGUAGUUCUACAAAGGGAUUAGCAUAUCAAAAGCCUACUAGAGUCUCACCAUCGCCAUCCUGGGAGUUGUAGUUUUACAAAGGCUUUAACAUGCCACAAGCCUACUAGGGUCCGACCAUCCUCAUCCUGGGAGUUGUAGUUCUACAAAGGCUUUCGCCUGCCAGAAGCAUGCUGGGGCCUCACCAGACUACAAAUCACAGGAUUCCAGUGCAUUGAGCCAUGGUACUUAAAGCAGUACUUCCAUAUCUCAAUACUGUGGAAUGCUGGGAUUUGUAGUUUGGUGAGGCCCCGGUCUCCUUUUGACAGAGAAAGCUAAAGACGUUGUCAAACUACAACUCCUAGAAUGCCUUCUCUGUCUUACCAAACUACAACUCCCGGGAUUCCAUAGCAUAGAGCAGGCCUGGGCAAACUUGGGCCCUCCGGGUGUUUUGGACUCCAACUCCCACAAUUCCUAACAGCCUACUGGCUGUUAGGAAUUGUGGGAGUUGAAGUCCAAAACACCCGGAGGGCCCAAGUUUGCCCAUGCCGGCCAUGGAGCCAUGGCUGCUAAAGUGGUAUCAAACUGCAUUAAGUCCACUGUUUAGAUGCCCUCCGGGGGACCCUUUUCCUCAUUCAAAUUCUCUUAUCAAGUUGGACUUCAUGGAAGAUGUUGAGAAGGAUUUUAUUUCUCUGGCCGAGGUGAAAUAGUCUCACCUUGGUCCACAUCUCUGGAAGGAAGUCAACGAUCUAUUGAUAGGAAUGCGAAGCCUAUGCAAAGGCAGAACCAGUAACAGGCCACCUUUGAAUGUCAACAUUGACUGGGAAGAAAGAAAAUGAUCCUUAUGAUGGUUGGGAAUGGGGUGAGGUGUUGAAGACCACGCUGAAAGUUGGGAUUGUGAAACCAAAAUAAAUUAUGUAAAACACA